CAGGGACUAAGAUUUGGCCUGUAUGCUUAUUUUCUUAGCAUAACUCCCUGGCUUUGCACUCGCCCCCAUUCCCUCAUCUCUCAUCCUCAUCCUAGACGUAGUAACUCGUUACCAUGCAUAUCAAAGAGAAGCUCGCCCAAAAUGAGGCCGCCGGAAGGACGGGAAUUUCCUUCGAAUUCUUCCCCCCCAAGACCGCCCAAGGUGUCCAGAACCUGUACGACAGAAUGGAUCGCAUGCACGCGUUAGGUCCCUCCUUCAUUGACAUCACGUGGGGAGCCGGGGGCCGGCUAUCGGACUUGACCUGUGAGAUGGUCAACGUUGCGCAGUCGGUCUAUGGCUUGGAGACAUGCAUGCACCUGACUUGCACGGAUAUGCCUCUGUCGAAGGUGGACGCCGCGCUCCAGGCUGCUUACAAGGCAGGCUGCACCAACAUUUUGGCUCUCCGUGGAGAUCCUCCUCGUGAUAAGGAGGCUUGGGAAGCUGCUGAUGGAGGUUUCCGUUAUGCGAAGGAUCUGGUCCACUACAUCCGAUCGAAGUACGGCAACCACUUUGAUAUUGGCGUGGGAGGUUACCCCGAGGGUGCGGAUGACAACCCGGAUGUUGAUCUUUUGAUUGAUCACCUCAAGGAGAAGGUCGAUGCGGGAGCUUCGUUCGUUAUCACACAGAUGUUCUACGACUCAGACAACUUCAUCGAGUGGGUCAAGAAGUGUCGCGACAAGGGCGUCAACGUGCCCAUCAUUCCUGGCAUCAUGCCGAUUCAGACAUAUGCUGCGUUCAUCAGGCGAUCGGAUUGGACCAAAACCCGCAUUCCUCCGGACUGGCUCGAGGCCCUUGAACCCGUGAAGAAUGACGAUGCUGCUGUGAGAGAUAUCGGUAAGCGUCUGAUCGCAGACAUGUGCAGGAGGCUUGUUGCGUCUGGUAUCAACCACUUGCAUUUUUACACCAUGAACCUCGCGCAGUCAACCCAACUGGUUCUCGACGAAUUGAAGCUGAUGCCAUCCGAGGAGACACCGAUCCAGAGAGCUCUGCCUUGGCGGCCAUCGCUUGGUCUCAACCGCAGAGAAGAGGAUGUGCGCCCGAUCUUUUGGAGAAACCGGAACUCGUCCUACAUUGCUCGCACCCAGACCUGGGACGAAUUCCCAAACGGACGCUGGACCGAUUCCCGAUCACCUGCUUUCGGUGAACUUGACAGUUAUGGCAUUGGCCUGAAGGGUACAAACGAACAGAACAUCAAGCUGUGGGGAGAGCCUAAAUCUCUCCGGGAUCUGACACAUACCUUCGUGGACUUCCUGGAAGGCAAACUGGCUCGGUUGCCCUGGAGCGACACCCCGAUCACCACUGAAGCCAAUGCGAUCAAGGACAGCCUCAUCGAGCUGAACAAGAAAGCAAUCUUCACGAUCAACUCUCAGCCGGCUGUGAACGGUGUCAAAUCCUCCCACCCCGUGUAUGGAUGGGGACCGAAGAACGGAUAUGUUUACCAGAAGGCAUACCUGGAGCUUUUGGUUCCUCCCUACCUGCUCGAUGAGCUGUUCGCCCGUAUCGAGAAGAACGGAGACCUCACAUACCAUGCUAUCUCCAAGAACGGUGAACUCCGGACCAACACCCGCGACAGCCCCAACGCUUUGACAUGGGGUAUCUUCGCCGGAAGGGAGAUCGUCCAGCCCACGAUCGUUGAAACUGUCAGUUUCUUGGCCUGGAAGGACGAGGCCUACCGCCUGGGUGACGACUGGGCCAAGUGUCAUGAUGCCUCCAGCCCCAGCAGGAAGUUGAUCCAAGGUGUCAUGGACAGCUGGUCCCUUGUCAAUAUCGUCAACAACGACUUCCACAACACCAGUAGCCUUUUCGACCUGUUCAAGGAUCUGGAUGUGAAGGACCUUGAUACAGAAAUCCCCGCCGAAAACAGCGAGUCCAAAGCUCAUCUCAACGGAGCAUCAAAUGGAGCGACUAACGGUGUUACCAACGGCACCACCUCGGAGUCUGCAGUGAAGAACUAGAUGUGAUCUCUGCGGCUUCGACGGUACGACUCUAACCACUAUACAUUCUUCAACCACGUUUACGACUUCCUAAUUCAACAUACUACUUACUAAUUCAACAUCCUACCUCAACGAAUACCUGCCCGAAAUGAACCUUCGGGCCCCUGCAAUGUUUUA